GAGAAAUGCAAUUCUCUGUGCGGAGGGAUGGGAUUGUUACAAAUGCUCGCAGUAGCAUCCGAACCUGGCGCUCACCUCGGCUCCAAAGUCUCACCUCCUCUACUUCGUCCCCUGCCCCUUCAUCCAACCAACAAUGACAUAUAUUAAUCCUCGAGACCCACACAUAUCGACGCCAAACCUCUCGCCCACCGAGCCGCUACUCUUCGCGGGUGGCUGCUAUUGUAAGAAACUCACAUACACUAUCCGACUCGCGACGAAGGAUGAAGCACGGACGAUGGUAUGCCAUUGUAAGGACUGCAAGAAGACGUUUGGCAGUGUUUUUGGGGUUACGGUUAAGGUGCCGGUUACGGGUGUGCGGAUGACGGGGGAGAAGGUUAUGGUGCACAAGUCUGAUAACGGGUCGGGGUCUUAUUCGUACAGGGAGUUCUGCAACGAGUGCGGGAGUACGAUAUGUACUUAUGAGGAGCAAGCUAAGGACCACUUCCGCCAGAUUGCAUUGGGAUCACUUGAUGAUUCAAGUGCUUUCGAACCAAGGGGAGAGUUUUACUGUUCGCAAAGAGAAGGAUGGUUGCCUGAGGUACCGGGGAAAGCGCAGUUCUGGAAACAGUAGGGUGUUUUGGACGUAUUGGUCUACUUGCAUAGCGAUUUUGUCGCGCUAUCAAUCAAUCCGUACAAGGUCUGACUAUACCCGUAGUAGACUACCCUAGUCUAGUGUGUUACAGGUCAGGUAUAUAGUCGUCUUCUUCUAGCUAGAUAGCAACUCAGCGCAGUAUUCCAUCAACUCGAUAGUCCUACAUUGUC